AUGGUAUAUGGUGCGGUACCAUUUAAUCCAUAUGCUCAUCUAUCAUGCCCUUCUGGCACUACAAAUACUGCACCAACCUUUGGCUAUUCUCCGAUACAUCCAAUAACACCGAUGGGAAUGUUUACCAAUAGUUAUUCAAACGGAAUGAUUCCUCGGAAAAAUCGAAGAGAAAGAACAACUUUUAACAGACAGCAACUGGAGAUUCUGGAAAAUUUCUUUGCUACAACGCAUUAUCCGGAUGUAUUUACUCGAGAAAAAAUUGCUGAACAAAUACAAUUGCAAGAAAGUCGAAUUCAGGUGUGGUUUAAGAAUCGGCGUGCUAAACAACGACAGCAGGAGAGGCAAAGGCCAAAAGGAAUACAGGCAGUUACCGAUGCUAGCUCAUCUUCAUGUGGUACUACGAAUACUGUUCGCCUGGAUAGUGUUGAUACAGGUUCUAUGAAUAACCCAAUGAAGGAAGUUUCAGAUGCGACGAAGGAGCCCAUAGUGUCACCAAAAUCCAUAGGACAAUUUGCCAGUGAGCCUGAAACUAACUCGAAGAAUUCCAAAAGCGUAGCUGGUAAUUUAAGAAAUCCAAUAAAGGCGGAAAAGGUUGAAGACAGGGAACGAGCUUCAUGUUCCACUAAUCGUUCAUUAUCAAGGAGUUCUGAGGUGACCGAAAACUUAUGGUCAGGUUGCAUAGAAAAUCCGACAUUUCCGACAACAUCAGUUACAGUUUCAUCAUUAUCAACCACCUCGACAACGUCAUUAUCACUGCGUCAAAUGACACUUCCACCGCCUUAUCCACAUCCUCAAGAUUUAAAUUCAUAUUUCUACAGCAGUCAUCAAUAUUAUCAACAAAUGCUAGAUAGCGGUGCUGCAGCAGCAUAUAACAAUACCUAUAACAGCUAUCAGGCCGCUACUGCAGCCACCGUUUACAAUCAAAAUUGUCCAGUACCCGCCUAUUCCGCACAUCAAUACUUUUUUGGACCCAGAUAG